GGUAAGGAGGAGCCAGUCAAGAUCCAGGUUGGUCUGGAGCAAGAAAAAGUUUGUGUUUGGAAUACAGUGGAAUCUGGGGUUGUUUGAAUCCCAGACCCCCGAAGCACAACAGCAUAAAAAAAGAACUGCCACCAUCCACCGCCCAGUACAGACAGCCCUCUUCUCCAGUCUCCUAACCAUCCACUAAGAGCUCGGGCCCUCAUCUGGAACCAGUUCAUCGGUGUGGUUUCUGAGUCGCUAAGAAGAUGGUACGAGAACAGUACACCACAGUCACGGAGGGCACCCACAUAGAGAGACCCGAGAACCAGCACGUCUACAAGAUCGGGAUUUAUGGCUGGAGGAAGCGCUGCCUCUACCUAUUUGUUCUUCUCUUGCUCGCCAUCCUUGUUGUGAAUCUCGCUCUCACCAUCUGGAUUCUGAAAGUGAUGUGGUUUUCUCAGAUAGGAAUGGGUUACUUGCAUGUUAAACAAGAUGGACUUCGCCUGGAAGGGGAAUCUGAGUUUUUAUUUCCACUGUAUGUCAAAGAAAUACGCUCCAGAGUGGACUCAUCUUUGCUUCUGCAGUCAACUCAGAAUGUGACAGUCAGCGCUCGCAACCCAGAAGGGGAGGUCACAGGCCGGGUGAAAGUGGGUGCACAAAUGGUAGACGUUCAGAGCCAGGGCUUUCAGAUCCUUUCUGAAGACGGCAAGCCACUGUUCACCGCCGAAGAGCAGGAUGUCAUGGUCGGCACGGGCAGACUGCGGGUAACAGGGCCGGAAGGAGCUCUCUUUGAACACUCAGUGGAGACACCCCUUGUCAGAGCUGACCCAUUUGAAGACAUUUGGUUAGAAUCCCCAACACGGAGUCUAAGCAUGGAUGCCCCAAGGGGGGUUCACAUCAAAGCGCAAACUGGGAAAAUGGAGGCCCUUUCUCAGAUGGACAUCAUCUUACAGAGCAGUGACGGAGCGCUGAUUCUUGAUGCUGAAACUGUGGGUUUGCCCAAGUUGAAGCAGGGGACACCGGGUCCCUCUGGCAGCUCUAAGGAAUUCUAUGAGCUUUGUGUGUGUCCUGAUGGGAAGCUGUACCUGUCUAUGGCUGGUGAGGUCACCACCUGCGAGGAACACAGCCACAUCUGUCUCUGACCGCUCCCUCUUCUGCAGGGCACCAAUGUUGUCUUGGUGAGCUGAGAGCUGUAGCCUCAGCCUUCAUGUCUCCCCAGCUGGAUGGGAGCUGGAGGAGGCCCUGCUACAGCCCUCAGAAGCAUGCAGGGGGAAUGUGACAAUGGAACUGUUGGGCCUAAACUGCCUGGUUGCCGAACGGCACAGAGAAAUGUCAAGAACUUAGUCACUGGGUUUUCCUCUUUCUAGGCCCCUCCACGUCUCUCAUGUUGAACUGCUAUCUGGAAGCAAUGCAUCAUACUAAACGCAGCCAUCUCUCUCCUCACAAACAUCCAGCCGACAGGUGGAUUCUAGAAUGCCCCAACCCCGCAAGCCCUUCCUUUACAUUAAACCUCAGGUGCUCCUUUCAGCUAAGUUCAGUGUGUCAGGUUUCACCAAGAAAUCUCCAGGAGUUUGAGGUUGAUAGAUUUCAGUAUGUAGUUAAGGGGAAAAACUACAUAAAAUUAGUCAUGCUUUUUUAUAUACAAACCAAUGAGCAAUAAAAACAUUUUUU